CUUUGUUUAUGAGUGCAGAUGCGUUGCGUACAUCACUUCUUUCAAUUGUCAUUUCUUUACUGCCAGAUCUGUGCAAUGCGGACGCGUCAUCCCAGAUUCAUAAAACAAUGACAAAGAGAUUUUUCACUCCAUAUAUGAGUGAGAAAAGCCAGGACCACUGAGCUUUUGAAGUAUAACACUUUUUUUUUCUCUCUCUCUCUCUGCUCAGAUCAUAACCGAGGGGGAAGACGCCGUGUUUGACGUCACAUCUGAAGCCCAAGCUUGGGGUAACGGGAGCGGCCCUCGAGUUGCCGUCACAGUCCGGCCUCUCACUGACGUUUCCAACGCUUUUGCCGGCACCGAGCACCUCCGAGAGGACGUCGACUGCAGCAGCAUGAAGUGGGAAGCUUCCCUCAUGGUAGCCUGGGACGACACAUCGGCUUGCUCAUCCCAAGGGGAACUCUCCUACCCGCCGCAGGGCCUCCACGAAGCAUACGAGGAUUACUUCGGCAUGAACGAGGAGGCUACAGGGAGCCGCGUGCGAAGGGGUGCUCACGGCGCCAACAAGAAGGGCCGCGGGAAGAAGACCUGCAAGCUGCGAUCCAUGUACGUCAACUUCAGGGAAAUCGGAUGGAACUCCUGGAUCAUCGCUCCUACGGGCUACGAGGCGGGCUCCUGCUACGGCCGCUGCACCUUCCCUCUCCAGUCCCACAACACCGCCACCAACCACGCCGUUGUGGCUGCCCUUCGUCGGGAGCUCCAGGGCAGAGGUCGGGGCCCCAGCUGCGUCCCCACCCGGCUCGAGGCCAUCUCCCUGCUGUACUACGACGAGGCUAACAACGUCGUCCUCAAGCAGUACCCCGACAUGGUUGCCAAGAGCUGCGGUUGUCGCUAAGAGUCGCCGGGAAGACUUGGUCGCCGCGGUCCUUCUGCAUUCCAGUCAUGUUGCAACUAUCAUCGUUAUUUCGAUUAUCUGCAUUAUCACCGUUAUUCCACCUCUCGCCGUUAUCAUCGCCAUUCCGCUUAUAUUCAUUAUCACCAUCAUUUCAAUUAUCUGUAUUAUCACCGUUAUUCCAUUUAUGUUCAUUAUCACCGAUAUCUCAUCCCCUUCAUUCAUUUCAUAUUACGCCUUAUCCCUUGCGAUUUUCCUUACUUAAAUCUUAGUCAUCAUCUUCUUUUUCCAUCUAUGACACCUUAUCUUUAUCCUGUCCCUCCUUGUUCUCUAUUCGAAUCAUUUCCUUUUCUCUCCAUUGUGCUC